UACUUUUUAAAGGAGGUGGCAUUUGAUAAGUCGGAAUUUUCAGAAAAUUUCCGCUCCUCCGUAGGCUAUCUGUCCGAGGUAAUGGAAUUCGACUGUAAAAUAAAUUAGAAUUUGAAAAUUAUUUAUGAUAUUAUUUUUUUAUACGAAAUCAACAUUAACAUGGCAAAUAAAAUAAAAACUGUACUUAUAGAUUUAAGUGGUACAAUUCAUAUUGAUAACACUGUUAUUCCUGGUGCUAUUGAAGCAUUGAAAAAAUUAAGAAGUACAAAUGCUAAAAUAAAAUUUGUAACAAACACGACAAAAGAAUCAAAAUCAUCUUUACAUAAUCGUUUAACUAAUUUGGGUUUUGAUAUAAAAAAAGAUGAAAUAUUUAGUUCACUGGCUGCUGCAAGAGAACUUGUAAUUGCAAAAAAAUUAAAUCCAUUUUUACUUAUUGACUCUGCGGCGAUGGAAGAUUUUGAAGAUUUAAUUAAAACUGAUGAGGAAUUUAAUGCCGUAGUUGUCGGUUUAGCUCCAAAUAAAUUUAAUUAUGAAGAAUUGAAUAAAGGGUUUCGAUUGUUACUGGAAGGUGCUUCGUUGAUUGCUAUUCAUGAGGGCCGUUAUUAUAAACGUCCGGAUGGAUUAGCACUAGGACCUGGUGCUUUCAUCAAAGGACUUGAAUAUGCCGCUAAUGUAAAAGCAGAAAUAGUUGGCAAACCAACAGAGAAAUUUUUCACAGCUGCUUUAGCAGGAAUUAGUCCAAGCGAGGCAGUGAUGAUAGGCGACGAUGUAAGAGAUGAUGUAGGUGGUGCACAAGCUGUUGGGAUUCGUGGUAUCCUAGUACAAACCGGCAAAUAUCGCCCUGAUGAUGAAAAAUUAAUCACACCACCUCCAACGAAAGUUGUUCCUUCAUUUGUUCAAGCUGUUGAUAAGAUUAUUAAUGACAUUAAUUAAAGAACUAUUUAUUAUCACCUAAAUGUUAUACUUGUUAUUAAAUAAAAAUAUUUUUAAAUAAUUACU